GAAACAAACAGGCAUACACACACAAACAGGCUGUACCAUAGCUGUCUGUGACCACUAACUAUUACAUUCCACCCAGCCGAUCCCUUUUUUUUUUUUUUUAAUUAACGCUACCUUCUACGAUCAACGUUAGUCUUCCAGCUCCACUUCAUGUUGUGUACAUAUUCCAUGCCCAGCUACAGCUAAAGAAAGCUAAUUUCCCAAUCUCUCUCUCUCUCUCUCUCUCCUUUUCUUCUAAGACCCCAUAUAUUUUACCAGAAGAAGAUUUAUACGUCCUAACAUAAGUAACCAACAACUACGCAGAAGCGAAGUUUCAUCAUGAGUUCCGUCUUCCAGAGCUUUCAGAAGCGAAGUUUCAUCAUCCCCACCAGCAGCAGCAGCACAAAGCAUGGCGGUGGUGGUGCUCCCCCUACCCCCAAAAAAGAGCAAACUGCAGCUAGCCUCCUCCGUCACCGACUCCCCUCUCUAUCGUCUCUCAAGAUCCAGUCCCCCUCUUUCUACACUUCUUCUUCUUCUUCUAAUUCUACUACAUCAGAUUCAGAUUCAGAUUAUUCUUCUUCAUGGGCAGCGGCUGCAUUUCGCCGAUCCAAAUCCGCCCUGCCUUCUUCUUCUUCUUCUUCUUCUUCCAUGAUAAGGAAAUGGUGGGAGUGGGGGUGUGGGUGGAUCCUGUCUAGAAAGCCCUCAUUUGCCGUGGAUCUGGAGAUGAACGAGCAGGAGAGCGCCCUGCUUGGCCGCCACAACAAAGGUAGCUGGAGGCACCUCCUCUUAAAGCUCAAGACCCUUCUGCAGGGCGCUGACACCGUCGGGGGAGUCCUUCCUACUCGCGCUUUGACCUAACCCAAUUGCUAUGCAGCCUAUGCUAUGCUAGGUAUAUAUAAAUAUAUAUAAUCGAUUCUUAAUUAAUUCGCCUCCUAUAUAUCCUGGCUGCUGCUGCUGCUGCUGCUGCCGCCGUCUUCGCUCUCUCUCUCUCUCUCUCUCUCGAUCUAGCUACUACGUACCUCAUUCGUCCAUCAAUCCAUCCAUCUGCUUCUACAAGUUAAUUAUUUAAUAAUUAAAUCUCGUCGUCAUGUCAUUUCUUGUCAUCAUCGAUCUGUCUUUUGGUUUUGCUUGCUUGCUGCUGUCGCUGGGACUUGGGAUCAGAGGGAGGGAGGGAGGGAGACCCAUCAACGUCUUCGACUACCUACUGCUUUUUCCGCUCAUAUAACAUGUAUGUAUGUAUGUAUGUCGAUAUAUGCCAAUUAGCCAAUUUGUUUAUUACUUUUUUCUUUUAAGUAAUUAAUUAAUUUGUUUAAUUGGGAUCAUCCUCGAUAAAUAUGUAUCCAUCAUCAUAUAAUUAUAUAUUAUAUGUGUGACUUCAAAUUAUUAUGAUUUAUAUAUAUAUAUAUAUAUAAUUCGAAGGCUGAUGGAUGGAUGGAUGGAUGGAUGGAUGGAUAUCAAUAUUUGUUCAGAUACGAAGCUAGGUGGUCAAAUAUCAUCAACUCCUCGUCGUCGUCGUCGUCGUCAUGUGGCACUAUGAUGAGAUAUAUAUCCUUCCAACCGAGGAUAAGAGAGCAGGCCUAGGCCUAUUGCCUCCAUCGCCUGCUACUGCUACUAUAUAUUAUAGUAGAAGGAAACUGCUGUUGUAUGAACUUCAAUUUUCUCUGUACGUAGGUAGGUGUUCAGUUUAAUUACAAUUACUUGGUUGUUUUUCUUUAUAUGUAUGUUUAUGUUGCAUUAGUUAAUUCCAUUUAUUUUGUAUGUUUGUUUAUUUGUUAGAAAAAUUAUUAUUAUUAUUAUUA